GCACUCGCUGCUCGCCCGAGCGACGCCGGGCGCCCGGAGAGAUCUCACACAUCGAGACAAUGACCACUGCAUCGGCGCGUUCCCACGCACCGCCCAACUCGGACGGCCAAUCAGGAGGAGUCCCGCCGGAGAGAAAUCUGCUCGCUGGUCCUCUCGAAAACUGGCAGACAUUGUGCAGGAGGUAAUAUAUACCGGUUGGCUUUCUUCUGGGCACGGUAGUUGUAAACAACUGGCUGGACUCUUCGGAUGCGUUGUUUGAAAGCGAAACCACGUUUCGUCUCCGCCCUUCUGUCAGAAGAAUCCCAUGCAGUGGUGAUGAUCUUUGGAUGAAGUGAUGCAGGAAGCUGAGCAUCAUUACUGCUCUGAUGAUGUAUCGAUGAUAUUCUUGGGACGUUAAGUUGGGAGAUGGUUGGACUUCAUCAAUAGCCUGAUCUCCCAUACGUCUUUUGGGUCAUACAGCUCACAGAGGAAGUUCUUCAGAAGAAUCCCAUGCAGUGUUAAUGCUCUUUGUAUGAAGUGCUGCGUGGGUUGAGCGUCAUUUGUGCUGUGAUUAUGUUCCUUUGAUGUUUUGGGGGUGUUAAGCUGGGAGAUGGUUGGACUUCAUCAAUAGCUUGAUCUCCCAUUCGUCUUUUUUGAUCAUUCAGCGCACGGUAAGAGUUCUUGUCGUAUCAAAAGAUCUACUAAGUGCUUUGUACGUAUAGUUGUAAGAUGUACUCAGCUGCAUCAGUGAUCUUCCCAGCGUGUUAACCAUCAACGGUCAAGAGUAAUGCUCGGGAACGCCUUCCUCGUGGUGUCGGCUUGCGUUCUGCAGGCGUCGCGCUGCGUGAUCAUGCCCGACGACGACCUGGACCUCGGUAACGACUACACCUACAGCUUCGCCUCGUCGCUGAGACGGUGCCUGGACGCGCGGGAGGGCGAUGGCGCGGCAGCGUCCCUGCUGCCGUGCCUCAACGAAGGGGCGGUGUCGGGCCUGGCGCGCGCCGACUCCGAGGACGUGGUGCGCGUCGCCGACGGAGUCUCGCUCGACCUGGAGGACGACGGUGACGAGAAGAGCACCAGGACCGUGCUGUCCCUCGACAAGGACCCCACCCACUACAGGACGGCAAUGGGCGUGCUGUCAACGUUUCUGUCGCGGCGCUCGUUGCGCUGGGACCUGGGGGUCAUCUACCCGGGCCUGCACCUCAAGGUCGGUUCGACGCCCGUCGGUGGCGUCAUGGAGUUUCGCCUGGACCGGCGGCUGCCCGCCUUCGAGGAGCGCCGGCUGGGCACAGGUCGACUGUUGGUGCGGCGCCUGGUGCUGCCGUUCCUCGUCGGCGCCAAGAUCAGCCUGGCCACCCUGGUGCCACUCUUCUUCCUGGCGCUGGCGCUGAUCGCCAAGAAGGCGGUGCUGCUGGGCAAGCUAGCCGUGCUCGCCUCGGGCUUCCUCGGCUUCAACUCGCUGUUCCUGCUGCAGCAGCCGCCGCAGUUCCAGCCGCAGUUCCAACCAGAGCUGCCGCUCCACUGGGACCGCCGGCCGCCUCCCGUGCGCGACGACCCCUUCGCCGACGUCGCCCGCGAGGACGCGGGGAGGUCUUCCAGGGGCAGGAACUUCGUCUGGGAGGGCUCUCUGACGUCGGGCAGGGACUGAUGCUGAUUGGCUUCGUUGGGUAUAGAAUUGUGAAAAGACGAAGAGCUCACCAACAUUGCAGUCUCCUUCUUCAGGGCAGCAGUCUCCAACGCAGGAGACAAAAAAAAAGAUCUGUAAUAGGAAAUAAUCAAUUGCUCCAUUUUAUUGUCUAUACACUCGUCCAUUUCUAAUUGCCUCGAUGUUGAAAAAGUCCACAGCAGCUCGCUUCCUAAGAAGAAGAUUUAGGUUAGAUUCCAAGGAACAACUCUUCUUCCUUGUAACUUUCCUUGUCGAUGUAUCGAGACAAUCAUUGCAGGAUACCGAAUCAUAUCUCAUGUUCGGGGAGAAGUGGUGGGGGGACUCUAGGGCAUGAUAGAUAUCCUCUUCCUUGAGCAAUUUCUCAGACGAUACGUCGAGUCACUCAUUGGCUGGCACAAUAUAACAUAUGAGUGCUGUGGAGGAGAUGGAGAACCGAGGCGUAGAUCUGUUUGAAGUUCAAGAAGGGGGGGGGGGGAAGUGUGAAAGUUGAAUUUUGCUAAGAACACCUUGGAUUGGUAUGUUUACAACUAAAAAUAAAGUUUUAAAAAAUUUAAACAGUUUACUUUAAAAAAAACUAGUGCAACCCCACUUAUCACAUACAGGUAUUCGGGGGAAGUUCAUUAAAAACAGAAUAGAAAGCAUGUCUUCAAGUAAUCGCGUGAAAAAGCUUGAAAUUCAGGAUACGCCGUUGAAUUUCAUUUGAUUGUCCUAAAGAAUUUUCUCUUGUGUGUUCCCUCCCCCCUCCCCCAAUAUAAUACUUGUGUUGAGUCUCCUUCUUUGUUAUAUCUAGUGUCGACACCUAUUGUUGAGAAGAGUGGAAAUACACAGAAAUUAUUAAAAAAAAAAAAGACCCGUGACACUCGAUUGCCAUUCCCGCUCUUUAGAGAGAUAGAUAGUGUAUGACUCAGUUGCGAGCCUCAAGUCGGUAAACAUGUGUUUUUUUUAGUCAUGUGGUGCCCGGACUUUCAUUGUUAUUCAUCUCAAGCAAACAUAUCUAA